CCCAGUGGGAGUACCCACCCAAUCCGCUAAACCAGUACUUGAUCAGUGGGUUCAAGAGGGUCAAACUGUUACUCAACAUGAGCUUCGGGUCAUUAUUAAGCAGCUACGCCGUUAUCGCCGCUUCAAUCACGCCCUUGAGGCGACACAAGAGAGGGCAAGCCCCCAAGGCACAAGCACCCACUGCAGAGGAAAAGCAAGUCAGUACCCGCUAGAGGACAAGCAAUGCAGCAGCCACAUUUAAUGCUUUGUGUACUGGUAGUUUAGCCUAGUAAUUAAAUAGAGAAAGAGAGAAAAGAGUUGGGCAUUGUAAUUUGUAUUGAGAAUAGAGAUUAGUAGCCUCAAGCUACCUUUGGAGAUUUGUGACCUCAAGUCACUACUGUGUACGGUGACUGUGAAACAACCUUCAAUCAAUACCAUCUUUCUCUUCUCUAUUUUCUGUGUUUCCUAUCAAAAGUGAGUUGUGAGAGUGAGUGCAUUGCAUUUGGUAUCAGAGCAGCCACGAACCUGAGGGAGAGGAGCAGCCAUGGUACAGUCGAACACGCAAAGAAUAGACGCCAUAGAAGGAGGACUCGCCGAAGUGAGUCAGCGCAUGAGUACCAUGGAAGAGAAGGUGCAGCAACUAUUGACUGAAGGGACGGAGGCAUUCCAAAAGACCAUUGCCGAGAACUUUGUAGCCAAAAGCGCGGAAGACACACAGAAAACCCAAGAGGCAGUCGCAGCGGCAACAACGCGCUUGGAGGGAAGGAUAGAUAGGUUCAGGGAAGAGCAAGUGUCCCAAAUGGCGUUGAUGAAGAGGGACCAAGAAAAAUUCCAACAAGAGGUGAAAACUCUCCUAACAACCCAGAAGGAGACGGUGGCGCAGCAGCAAGUGUCGGAGCAAGAGGAGGUACGGUCGGACAACUGGGUAGAGAAAAAUCGGAACUUUGAAGGAGGUGGAGGUCAUUGGAAAUAUAGGAAGUUAGAUAUGCCUCUGUUUGAAGGAAGUGACCCGGAUGGUUGGAUUUUGAGGGGAGAAAAGUAUUUUGACUUCUACAAAUUGUCGGAGACCGAGAAGAUGGACGCCGCGGUGGUGUCAAUGGAGGGGGAUGCGCUGCGAUGGUUUACCUUCGAGUCUCGCCGGAGACCCAUGAGAACUUGGCCGGAAUUGAAAGCUAGAGUCUUGGCAAAGUAUCGCCCCACUAAUGCCGGUACUCUGCACGAGCAGUGGUUGGCGACGACGCAGACCACCACGGUGGCGGAGUACAUGAGGAAAUUUAUCGACCUGGUAUCUCCGUUAGAUGAUGUUCCUGAAAGUAUCUUGCUUGGGCAAUUCAUUAAUGGGCUUAAGGAAGACAUUAAGUCAGAGAUCCGGGUACUGAAUCCGUAUACGCUGGAUCAAGCCAUGGACCUAGCCACGCGAGUUGAGGAGCGAAAUCGGGUCCGGAGGAACGGAUAUGCUAACCACAAGAGUGGACAGUUUUCCUAUUUCAGUAGAGGCCCAAUAGCCUCCAACCCACCUCCAACAACUUCUGGGGCCCAAAACCAAAUCCUAAAUCCUUCCCACUAUAACCCAAUGUCUAAACCCACAACCUUCAAAACACCCACCCCCAGUGGAUCCUACGGGUCCUCCCCAAACACAAACCCUGUAAACCCAACCCGUUCCAUCUCUGUGAACUCGCGAAAUUCCGGCACCGUAGAAACGAAGAGGCUGACGGAGCGCGAGCUACAAGAGAAGAAAGCCAAAGGAUUGUGUUUUCGAUGUGAUGAAAGGUGGGGGAUCGGCCAUCAGUGUAAACGGAAGGAGAUGAGUGUGAUUUUGAUAGAUGAGGAGGACGAUGAUGGUGGAGAGUUAGACGGCGAGCUAGGAAGAGAAUUUCAGUCCAUGGAGAUGCCACCAGAGGAAGAGUCGCCGGCCGUUCUGUCUAUUAAUUCCAUAGUAGGCUUCACAAACCCGAAGACCCUCAAAAUGGUGGGGCUGAUCAAUGACAACGAGGUGGUGGUUAUGGUUGACCCGGGAGCCACCCACAACUUCAUUUCGCUCCGGGCAGUAGAGAAGCUUAAAAUUCUGGUUGCGGAGUCCGCUGAUUUUGGAGUAUCGUUGGGGAAUGGAGAGGCAGUGAGAGGCAGUGGAGUAUGCAGGGGGGUUAGACUGACACUCAAUAAUGAAAUUGUAGUGCAAGAAGACUUCUUACCGUUGGAGUUAGGCAAUUCGGAUGUCAUUCUCGGCAUUCAAUGGCUCGAGAAAUUGGGUCCGGUGGUGACCAAUUGGAAAACACAAAUUAUGAAGUAUCAAAUUGGAGGCAGCACAGUGACACUCGUGGGUGAUCCUUCGUUGUCAAGAUCGAAAAUUUCCCUCAAGGCCAUGAUUAAGGUCCUGAGGAAAGAAGGAGGGGGGAUUCUGGUUGAAUUCAACAAUUUGAAUGAGGAAGGGCAUAAGUCUGGUGAGUACCCAGACUUCCUACGCAGGGCACUAGAGGAGUACGAAAGGGUGUUUGCAGUACCUACGGGAUUACCUCCCCGUCGUGAACAGGAACAUGCUAUUUUGUUAAAGGAAGGUAGUAAUCCCGUCAGUGUAAGGCCUUAUCGCUACCCGCAAAUUCAGAAAGAUGAAAUCGAGCGACUCAUCCGAGAGAUGAUCGAGGCAGGGAUUAUUAGACCAUCUAUCAGUCCGUUUUCUAGUCCGGUGUUGUUGGUCAAGAAGAAGGACGGGUCGUGGAGGUUCUGUGUGGAUUAUCGGGCCCUUAACAAGGAGACGGUACCGGAUAAAUACCCAAUUCCCGUGAUUGACGAAUUGCUCGAUGAGUUACAUGGGGCCAAAGUCUUCUCCAAAUUGGACUUACGGGCUGGUUAUCAUCAAAUCCGGGUGAAGGAAGCUGACAUUCACAAAACUGCAUUUCGGACGCACGAGGGCCAUUAUGAAUUUUUGGUGAUGCCUUUCGGGUUAACCAACGCUCCAGCUACCUUUCAAUCCCUCAUGAAUGAGGUAUUUCGUUCCUAUUUAAGAAAAUUUGUGCUUGUUUUUUUUGAUGACAUUCUUGUGUAUAGCAAUUGUGAGGCAGAGCAUGAGCACCAUAUGAGAAUUGUACUUUCAGUUUUGGCAGAACAUCAAUUGUAUGCAAACUACAAAAAGUGUGAGUUUGGGAGGGGUGAGGUAGCCUACUUGGGACAUGUAAUUUCUGGGGAGGGAGUAGCUGUUGAUCAGGAAAAAAUUCGAGAUAAUACAAAAGAUAGGAAAGGUGGCAUACAAACUGAAACUGCCACCCACGUGCAAAAUACACCCGGUGUUUCAUGUGUCCCAACUCAAGCGAGCGGUAGGGGUGCAAGCUGAGCCCUCACCAAUACCAGACCAACUGACUUUCGAGUUGGAGCUCAUGACAGAACCAGAAGGGCUGCUGGAAGUGCGUGAUCAAGAGUGUGAGGAUAAGACCACCAGGGUCUUGAUCAAAUGGAAAGGGCUGCCACAGUUUGAGGCGACUUGGGAGGAUGCUCAACUAAUCUCCGAUCGAUUUCCGGACUUCCACCUUGAGGACAAGGUGAGUCUUUGGGGGCGGGGUGAUGUAAUGGACCACGGUGGACCCAACUCUGAUCCACCUGUUCUGGUGUAUAGCAGGCGACACAAGAGAGGGCAAGCCCCCAAGGCACAAGCACCCACUGCAGAGGAAAAGCAAGUCAGUACCCGCUAGAGGACAAGCAAUGCAGCAGCCACAUUUAAUGAUUUGUGUACUGGUAGUUUAGCCUAGUAAUUAAAUAGAGAAAGAGAGAAAAGAGUUGGGCAUUGUAAUUUGUAUUGAGAAUAGAGAUUAGUAGCCUCAAGCUACCUUUGGAGAUUUGUGACCUCAAGUCACUACUGUGUACGGUGACUGUGAAACAACCUUCAAUCAAUACCAUCUUUCUCUUCUCUAUUUUCUGUGUUUCCUAUCAAAAGCGAGUUGUGAGAGUGAGUGCAUUGCAUUCUCUCCCCAACUUUCGUAGAAAAUGGAAGAAGUUAGUUUGUGUUUCUGUUGCUGUUGGCGUAUUUUGAGCUUUUGUUACUCAGUGUUCGUUCAUAAAAUAUCUGUAACUUACAUUUUUUGGUAAUGGAAUAUACUUUUACUUGCCAAAUUGCUAUUCCAGAAAAGAGGGGUGUUUUUUUUUUUG